CAGAAAGGCUGUGUACGGAGGGUUGAGGAGGCGUUCAAGACUGCAAAUCACGGUUGACUGCACGGCUGUUGUUGCAAAGGGCGUGGGCAUUGUCUUUUGUAUUAUUGCAUAGCUACAUGGAUCCUCCGGUUGUGAAGGAUGAAUUUGUCACCUCGCAGCUAUGUGUGAGCAUCGACACCUUCAAGAAAAUGGCCAUUUACGGAUGAAGACACACUGUCGGCUUUUAUUCACCCUGACUGAACGUAUGACAUUUGAACGCACCCUGUGCGAUACUUCCGACAAAAUGCCGAAGGAUAAAUAAAUAGACUGAGCCGUAUCUAUUUUUGUCUAUAGCCUCAACAAAGCUGCUGCCUCUGCUUUCAUUAGGCUCUUAUGGCUUUUAUCAGUGCUACCAAUUUAGGAGAAUAGUGCGAUAAUCACAGCCGGUUCAAGUCCGAUAUGGCUGUGAGCACAUCCGAGCCGCUCUGUCAGCCGUGCGGUUACCAUGAAGCUUUUAAAGUGGAGCUACAGGUGAAGAGACCUCUGAUGCCUGUCCAGCUGAGUCCAGAUCAGGUGGGCCUGGAGAUGUUGUGUCUUUGUGGGCAGCUGGACCUCCUCAUCAGGGCACAGAUGCAGCAGUUCCAGGAGCAGUUAGGACAAGGCUGUAGCCCGGAGGAGUCAGACACUUUCCAGGCUCAAGGAUCAGAGAUUCUUGACCAGAUGCUGCAGUGCCUUGAACAUCUACCAAAGCCUAUGCCACAGCUGGAGGACUACCUGGACAUGGUGGGUCUGUCAGUAAUGUUUCCUCGUGUAGAGGUGUUCCUUAUUCAAGGGAGCCCAGUGGACAUGCUAGACAGGCCGCCAAUGGAAGAAUACUUCUUACACAUUGCCAAACUGAACCAGCUCCUGGUGCUGAGUCAACAGCUAGAGGAAGAUAUCAGGCACCUUGGAAGUCACAAAUACAUUGCCCACCAGCUCUCGGUUAUAUAUCAAGUCGUCAGCUCUUUCAGAGGAAUUCAGGCUUUCUCUGAAGUGAAGAAAGACAUUGAGGCCAACUUCAAACAGAUGAAACAGUCUCUGGUGGUCAAGGAAGGCUCCAGGCAUGAACCUCAGCUGGCUGCCCACUACAUCAACUGGAUAUUAGAAGUAACUCAAAGCUUAACCUCAGUGGUGUUGAUGCUACCGGAGGAGCUGACAGAAGACCUUCACCCGGCCGUUAGCUUCAUGUCACAGUUCCUGUCCUGACUCACCCACCCCAACCAACGCCUCUGUAACUAGGAAUCCUGACGCCCUGAUGCAUCAGAUCUCUCCAGGAGCUUCUAAAUGAACUGAUGUUGUUAUGACUGUAAAAAGGUGCUACACAAUUUGAUUCAACGGAAUAAAGGUGGGAUUGGAUAGCUUACUUUAUUUACAAAUCAUGUUGGUUGUUAUAUUUUCCUUCUCAAUGCGUACCUCCAUAUUAGUCCCCAUAGUGAGUCAGCUGUUUGGAAAUUAAUGUAAGCUUGUUGAAUCCUGGCUUGCACUACUGUUAUAAACACUAUUGACAUUUCCUUUUUUUUUUAAACCUAAAGUGGAAUAAUAAUAUUUAAUGCUAUAGGGAAAUGCAUUUGGUUUCUCCCUGUCAUGUGAUCAUAAGUGUAACUUCUAUCAAAGGCUCCUCAUCCCUUAUUACUUGUGUAGGUGCACAGCUAUGCAGUGAGACAAACGCACUUCCAAUAAAGGUUGAUGGUAUUGUAAAAGUGGAUUGUUGAAGUAACAUGAAAACUGCAUUUACAGAUAACAGAUUAUCAGUUUGAUUAGUUAAUGUUACAUUUUCCCUCAUAAAAACAUAGUAUAAUUAGUGAAAGGUAAACUGGUACAUUUGAAAACCUAUUUUCUAAUGAGCAACACAAGAUUUUCUGCAACAAUUUUGUUCAUUGACAUGAGAGAUUUGUGUAUUUGUGUUUUUGUCUGAGCUCUCCUCACUGGUUUGAAGUGAGUGGGACUCACUCUGUUGGAAAAGGUGAUGUCAUGAUGUCAGGGCUCCUGGGGUCCCUGGUGGAAGAAGGUGAUUGUUUGGUAGGUGAUCAAACACAGUUAGUGGCGGAAAGAAGUACAUCUACCAAAGGACUGAACUUAAGUGCAAAUCAGAUGUAUAUUACCUGAGUAUUUCUUUUUUUCGUCAUAUUUCUAUAUUUAAGAGAGAAUUACUGUGCUUUUAACUUCACUACAUUUAUCUGACAGGUGGAGUUACUAUAUAAGUAUACGUUUCUUUUAGAGGAAGAUUUUACAAAACAUAUAAUCAGUUGAAAAAUUACAUGAUGCCUUGUCAUAGAUUAAACAACCCACAAGUAUAUAAGGCAAAAGCUCAUCUCAAAAACACUGGUGUCUGUGUUAAUGAAGAUUUUUCAGAUUGCAUUAGGAAGGAGAAGGCCGAACUGCUUCCAGCUAUGAAGGAGGCCAGGGAGAGGGGAAACUUUGCUGUUAUUAGCUAUAAUCAACUCAUAGUUAAACCCCGUCAACAACAUCAACUACCAAUGGAGUUUAAAUAAUUCUUCUCAUCGUACAUCCAUGAGGAUUUCUUCUGAUCC